UGGUCCUGCAUUAAAAUACUAGAUAUACUGUCAUUCAUCUAAGUAUGUGUACUGUUAUUUUAGUUAUUAUUGAAAACUGCUGUUCAUUUCACUGUCAGAGGUUUGAUGAAUAUAUAUAUUAUUUGAAAUUUAAAGUGUUUAUUGUCAUACACCCAGUGAGGAAAGCAGAUUUUCCUGAGCAAUUAUUACUUUGCUGUCCACAAUGAAUGGCAACACAGUGCAAAAGAACUAUACUAUACAACAUGAGAAAUAGAAUAUAGACUAUGUAUAUCUAUAUAUGCAAGUAUAGAGUAGAAAUGUACUGUUGAAUGAGAAAAAAUAUCAAUAGAUUAUAUUUUAUUGCAGUUGAUGAGAUAAUAAGAAAUGGCUCAUGAAUUUGCAAAUGUGGUUUCAAUUAAGUCUGUAACGAGGUCAAUAUGUAGUAUAUAUAGACUAAAGAUUUGUGUGUUUCCUAUUCACAAUGGCUUGCCCUUUGUUGGAUGGUGUAGUUGAUGAGGAAGUUUUAAUACUCAGACGAGCAUUCAGGCACGAAAGAGUCUUCCGAGAUAGGGCAGACCCAUUGGCCUUUUCAGACGAAUAUCUGACUGAGAGGUACAGAUUCUCAGGUGAUGGCAUCAGAUAUUUGUGUAGGCUGCUGGGUCCAAACAUACAGCACAGGACAGCACGGAGCCAUGCUCUCACUGUCCCACAGAUGGUCUGCGUAGCACUGCGAUUCUUUGCAAGUGGCAUGUUUCUGUAUUCUGUCGGUGAUGCAGAAAACCUCAAUAAAGCCACUAUUUGCCGCACAAUAAGAAAUGUAAGUCUGGCAAUGAAAUCUCUUGUGCACAUAUUUAUCACCUUCCCUGGUCACAGAAGAUUCAUUCACAUCAAGGAGGAGUUCUACAAGAUUGCAGCUUUUCCUAAUGUAAUUGGUACAGUGGAUUGCACCCAUAUUUGUAUCCAACGCCACUCAGGGGCACAUGAGGGAGAUUAUGUUAACAGGAAAUCCUUCCACAGUAUCAAUGUUCAGAUGAUCUGUGAUGCUGACUGCCUUAUUACAAAUUUAGAGGCAAAAUGGCCUGGCUCAGUCCAUGACUCCAGAAUCUUUCGGGCCAGUAGAAUUUACCAGAGACUCUCUCUAGGUGAGUUCUCUGGUGUGCUGCUGGGGGACAAAGGCUAUGCCUGUGAGACAUUUCUGAUGACUCCCCUUACAACCCCCAAACCCCAGCACAGCAAGCUUACAACCAUGCCCAUGUCAAAACCAGGGCUCGAAUUGAAAUGA